GAUAGACAAGAGAGAGGAGAGAGAGAUAGCAGGGGAGGAAUGGAGAAAAGGGGGAAGCUUUAAGAACCUUUUUCUGCUGCCUUUUAGCACUGAGCGGACUGUAACUGGGAUGACUGGCCUGGUGAGCUGGGCUUUGACUUUCUGUUAGCUGAGCUUAAGAUUGUCAUGUAAAUACUAAAAGCAAAAAAAAAGUGAGAAAUUACAAUUUAUUUGCUACCACUGACAAUCUGAAUCAUAUCAAAGUGCUUGAUGGCUAUUACACAGGCUGUGCUCCCCUCCUUCAGCUCCUUCUCCAACAUCGCUCAAUCCAGUGACAAUAUGAAAGUGUGGAAGUCUGAGGCUGACUCUCUCCUUCCGGACUUUCUCGGCAACAAACUGUCACCAAGCAGCUCUGAGCAGCUGCAGGUCUCUCAACAGAUGACGGAGGAGCUCCUAGAUGAUGACAGCCGAGCAUCCUGGGACAUUGAGUUCCUGCUGAAUGAUUGGAGCAGUCCAUCGUCCGACCUCAACGCAUCUCUGUACAACAACGAUCAACGGCUUCCACAGUUGGAACCAAACACAGGGUACCAAGAGGCGGACAUGUUUAAGGACCAGCCUGGACAGGAGAAUAUGCAGAUGAACACUGGCUGCCUCAUGGCGGAGCUCCUGUCCCCAGCUGAAACCACAACGCCAGUCCAGCCAGAGCUGUACCACCAUGGUUAUAAAGACGACCAAACAGGUCGGACUUCAUUUCCCAGUCUACCUAAUGUAGAUCAGUUUGUCUUCCCUCAAGCAGGCAGUGAGGAGAGGCACAGCAGAGGAAACCUCACCAAAGUCUCAUCGUGGGACUUUAACCCUUACUAUCCCCAGCAACACCCUUCCAUGGUGACCUUCACCAACAGCAGGUUCAUACCGCCUCAACCUGUGACCCCUGACCCUCGACACUACAGCUACAUGCCACACUUUAACCACAACGCCAACCUUUUCUGUGAAUACCCCCACAGCCAGACCACUAGUCAUCUGCCUCUUCACCAGCAGUCCAGGCUGGUUGUUCCACAGCUGCCCCCUGGUGGGAUGGAGGGAAAGCGUGGUCGAAGGGCGACAGGGAAAAAGAGGCCCGCAAUCCACAGCUGUGAAUACCCCGGCUGCAGUAAGACCUACACCAAGAGCUCACACCUCAAGGCUCACCUCCGAACCCACACAGGGGAAAAGCCUUACCAGUGUUCGUGGGAGGGCUGCAGCUGGAAAUUUGCCCGCUCAGAUGAGCUGACCCGUCACUAUCGCAAGCACACGGGCCAAAAACCCUACGAGUGUGUGCUGUGUCAGAGGGCCUUCUCCCGCUCCGACCACCUGGCCCUGCACAUGAAGAGACACACCUGAUGCACGCACACACACACACACACACACACACACACACACACACACACACACACACACACACACACACACACACACACACACACACAAACCACUGCCUUUUAAACAGAGAAAGGUAGAAGACUUAUGAUGAUUUGGAUAUUCUGAAUUUAAGACUCACAUCAGUACACCAAACAGUUGAAUUUGAGAUUAAGUGACCUCAACACAAUAACUGAUCAUGUUCCCAGUAUUAUAUAUAUAGUAUUAGCUUGAAAUCCACAGUUGGUGCUGGUUAAGAGUAGAGGCCCACAUAGAACUGACAGGUUCUCUGACAGGCGCCAUGAGAACUGACAGGUUCUCAUGAGGUAGGACGGCAUUACAAAUCACUGUGUACAUGCAGCCUGAGGGGAGUUGUCUGAUUUGGUUGACCGUUUGUCAAUUACUUGAGACAACAAAGUAGACAGAUUUUUCUUCACGAGUUUGUAAACUAAUGUUUGAUAUAUGUUUGCGAUUUUAAAACGCGGCUCGCAUUUACAUCAGUUAAUCAAGACCUUUCUCCAUUUUUUUAAACUUUGCUCACCGUGAAAGCAUGCAAGAAAAAUGAAGUUUUCUUCAGCAGUUAAAGGUAACACUUCGUGAGUAUCUGAUAUACUAAUGGUAAUUUUGUGGGUGAAGUAUUUCUUUAAACAAUUACUUUUUAAAAGAGUUCUCUGCGAAUAGGGAUGCACUCCUAUAACAUUUUGGAACUUUAAAAAAAACUCUCAAAAUCGAUGUAGCAGAACUAAGAGAUUUAUUGACCUACAUUAGGACAACAUUCUUCUGGUGUGUAAUGCUAGUAGCGGCUCGUACCGACUAGUUUAGCCUCAAGUCGGUAACCUCAAGCAGAGGCCACACCCCCAGAUUAUUUUCAGUUUCAAACUCACAAUCUUCAGAUCAGAUAGACACUGACUCAAGUGACCAUGUGAUCAUUUAAGGCAAUUUAUCAGACUUCACACAGCUCCCUCUGGUGACACAAAAGGCUUUAUGCUUGCAGUUUUACUCUCCAAUUAGGGCCACUUAGACAAACACUGUACACACUGUGGGCAUGUAGACAUCAAACCUUAACACUAACAAAAGACCUUCCAAAAUUGUGUGUAAUACAAGUUAUAAUACAAUACACAGUAGUAUUUCUUGUAGGAUCUAAUGGUACGUUGAACAGAGACUGCUUAAUAACAAUGCUUAGCCGUAUUAAUGCUGAAAUGAUCCGAUAUUUGUCUGAUUUCUCUAAGAAAUGUUGUUGAUUGUAAUAUUAAUUGUAAUACAAACAAAUAAACCAUAAAGUAUACGUUAAACCAUGUUAUUAUACAGUGAAUCUGACAUUAUGCAUUUUUUUCACCUAACUUUAUGUUUGUCUAUUUUGGGUUUUUAAUUUAAGAAAAAACAUAUAUUCUUUUGUGUCGCACAUCUGGCAACAUUUUUAACUGUAAAUAAUCAGCAUCUUUCUCAGUUGUUUAUAUCAUCUAAACAUGCAAACAGAAUAUUUAUUAAAUAAAUAUUUUAUAUCAACAGAAGAUAGGCUACUAUAUUAUUGUACAGUGAUUUUUUUUAAUCAAAG